AUGGAUACCACUACUACUACCAACGAACCACCUUCUUUCCACCCUGAGGACCGAAGACUAUCAAUACACAAGCUGACGCAUUCAUCGUCUUUGCCUUCAUUCGAAAGUCUUUCUCCCACCAUGCAUAACGCUCGUCCUGCACCUGCUCACCAUCCCAUUCCAAACGUUUUACGACCUACUCCUUUGGACCAUCGACCUGAUCUCACUGGAAGGAACACUCGAUGGCGACGUGAUUCACUACCUUCUAUUGCCAACCUUGACUUUCCACCAUCAACACCACCACCCACUUCAGCUACAACAGCAGCGUCGUCGUCGACUUCUUCAGCUUCGGUAGCAACCGAACCACAGCCGUUCCCAAGCAACCUUCGCCGCCACUCGACACCCGAUAAUCAUCAUCAUCAUCAUCAUGAACAUCUUUUCCGGUCUCAACAUAUCGAGAGUCCUUAUUCACGUACACCAGAAUUACGUGAGAGUCAUAAAUUGGCAGAGCGUAGGCGACGCAAGGAGAUGAAGGAAUUGUUUGAUGAUCUACUCAAUGUAUUACCUAUCGACAAAGGCAUCAAGACAAGCAAAUGGGAGAUACUAAGUAAAGCCGUCGACUAUAUCAACGAUCUGCAAAGGAGAGAAGAAAUGUUUAUGCGUGAAAAGGAAUUGCUGCUUCGGGAUAAGGCAAGCUUGCAAUCAUCAUCCGCAUCCUCAUCAAUACCCAGGCCAGAUGGCUGUUGA